UUACGGAAAGAUACCAUCUCCAUUUUGACGACCUGAUCAAACAAGGACACGAAGAUACAACAGAAAAAUGGCUUUAAAAAUCUGUGAUGAACACAACGUACCGAUUUCUUACCACAUGGUUGUUGAGACUAAACAUUCCCCAGCUUUAUUGUGCUAAAUUUAUUUAUCAGACCCAGGACCAGUCUCGAUGUGUAGAUAGUUGCAGCCGUAGUUUUAAUCAUUCAGUUUAUCAUCCACCAUGUACAUUCAUUUGUUUGGUUUGAGGAAGAGAGUAAACGCAGAGUUUGUGUGUUGGUUUUCUCCUGGGAAGUUAUCAAAGGAUCCAUCAGUCAAGAUGCCUUUGGAACUGCCCACUUCGGAAAGUCUUCCGGUGACUUCUUCAGCACAGAUGGUCUCUGCUCAGCCGAAUACCAGUACUGGCAGUACAAGUGGCAGUAUAGUUAUCAGUAAAGAAAGCGUGUUAACUUCCAUGUGUGAUACUCUCCUGAAUCAUCCAUCAUCAACUCACACUGAUAUCUCAAAGACAAUAGAUUUGGUUGUUGUAUCUACUGGUGCUUGUACGCAAGCCGGACAAUUUUCAACAACAACAACCUCAUCACCAACAACAUAUAAACUGUGCGAGAUAGUGUCUCGUGAAAAAGAUGUGUUGUUUCAAAACAGUAACAGUUCAGAAGUGGAGCUUGAACCAGCUCGUGAAAAUGUUUACUCUGUGCGCCGUCGUAGUCGCCAAUUCUUCACAGUUACAGAAGAAGAAGAAAAUGAAUCAGACUCUGACAACCAUGCUUUAUCAGUUGACCAAGAAAAGACAGUUAAAAUUGACCCUAUAUUUAACCUAGGAGACAGUCUGAAGAGACUGUACUUUCCACAUCAUCAUCAUCAUCAUCAUCAUAAGGAACAUCCAAAGAGAGAAAGAAAGGUUAGGACUUUCAGCAAGAAGCGUCCUGGUAGUGCAGAAUCCCAUGGCUACGAGAGUGAUCCUGAGGGAAAGGUUGGACUUUUAGAUAUUGUGAAAAAUGAUCCCGGCAUGAAGGCGUAUAAUAGUCAUCCUGAACUGAACAUGACAGAAACGGUUGCUUUAGAUGAAUCUGUACAUGAAUUUAAGAGUAAAUCAUUACCUACAACACCUAGAGUAUCUCCAAAGUUACUGAGGAGAAACUCUUUAAAGAAUUCAGAAAAAAAAGAGGUACAGAAAACUGGACCUGGUUUCUCAUUCUUGGCUAGUGUUGCUGGAGAAUUGCAUAAAAGGAAAAAUCCUGAAAAACAGCUUGAGAAAGGUAUUAAGAAAGUGUCUCCAGGCUCGAGUUUAGGUCCAAGUUCAGGUACUGUUGCCGUUACAGAGACUUCUGAAUCAAAGCAGGUGGCCAAGUCACAAACAGGAACAAUUAUGGACAGUAAAGAACCAAGCAGAAGCAUGCAUACACACCAUGUGCAUGAUUUCUCGGAAUCAACAGGGAUUGAUUUAGAAUCUCAUGACCCAAUUUCACUUUCCUCUUUUGUGAAAUGGGGCACUACCAAGAAAAUUAAGAUCACUAAUAAAGAAAGUAAUAUGUUUUCACCAACUUCUUUUUGAUUACCGGUAUUAAAACUAUUGUCUUUUUACAAGAGCAUACCAUUGUGAUAAACAGUUUAAAAUAUUUUUUGUGAGAAAGUUAAGUUAAAUGAUUGGUAGUAUAUAUGUAAUAACAAAUCUCUAACAUGGUCUAGACAUUUUAGAAAAUUGUUUACAAAUGAAUCUUUAUACUUUACAAUUAUUUUAGUUACAAAGAAAAUAAUCAUUUGCUUUUUAAUGAUUAUGAAUCAAAUUUCUGAUCUCUGUAAUUUAGAAUUUCUCAUCAGAACUUGUGGAAUUUUUAAAUAUUGCCUUCAGAUUAACAUAUAUUUAAUAUUCAUAAGUGAUAUACAGAAAGUUUUAUAGACAAUGUCUCCACUCUAUACAAUAUCCAGUAUUUAAAUGAUAAGCUUUAAAUAUGUAUUCUCACAAAGCAUAUGUUGAAACUCAAAGUAUUAAUAUAAUAAAUAGAUUUACAUAUUGGUAGUGUUUCUAGUCGCAUCAGAAAUAGAGGGCAAAAAAUAGUUAAAGUAUUUUACUUUAAAACUUGACUGUUCAAAAAAUAGUAGGGCUUUCCUUCACACUGUAAAAUUUUGAUGCUGUACUAUUUGGUAAAGGAUUUGCAUGCAUCUUCAUUCACAUAUCAUUAACUGCUGAUUGACUUCAUAUGGAACUUGAAAUUACA